AUGCCACCACGGCGGUCCAAACGGAUGAGAAUUGAGACGACAAGGGCGAGCGAAAGUAGAACGGCAAGGACCAGGGAGCAGCGACCCAAUGGUAUAAUGGAUGAUGGCCCAUCAGAACCGGUGCCAACCAAUUCGGAGGUCACACAACCAUCAAGGACAACGGCGUCAUCUUCACAUGCCAUAUGCAUAGACGGUAUUCCUCCAGCAGUCACAUCGGUCCACAACAUGCUAGACAAACAAAAAGUGUGGUUAGCGGGGUCCUCAAUACUGAAGUAUGCUCAAUUAGAAGCAUUUUUAAGACCUGGAGGCCUUCACCUGAACUUGAAAAGGCUAAAUAUUUCAUUAUGGUGGCAGGAGUACAGCGGCCUGAAAUUGUCUCAAGUAGAGCAGAAGCUUAAAACCCUUGCAAAGGUGGGUGCUGCACCUAAUGUCCUUUUAAUACACUGUGGGGGAAAUGACUUAGGGGAGACCUCAAUUCGAAAACUCAGGCUAGUUUGCAUUAAGCUUUUUCAAGUUUAUUCUCAAAACUCUCGUGCUAUAGAAUAACAACGUAAACGCCUUAAUUCUUGUGCAUCCAGGUUGGCCUUGCGGUAUGACGCCGCAAUUAUCCGCCAUCCUGAUAUAAAGCGUGACUCCUUUUUUUGUGAUGGAGUACACUUGUCAAAAUUGGCUAAUGCUGUUUUCCUAAAUACUCUUCAGGGGGGCCUUGAGGCUAUCUUAACAAAAGGGCAUGCUUGCUAUCCGGCUUAGCAAGCUUACCCUAGGACACGGUUGUAAGUUAAAUCCGCUCAU